AUGCCUUCUGCAGCUGGAUCUAUCAUCACGAGUACCCAAUCCCUCAAAUUGUUGAGAGCGAAGUUGAGGGACAUCCAGUCGUCCUUCAAUGACAUUCGGCGCUUCGUUCAGAACUUCCGUGGUGACAUCAGCAUAUCCUAUGUGGAGGUUCGAUUGGAGAAGUUAGAUGAACUCUGGGAGAGGUUUGGGACUGCAAGGGUGGAAAUGCAGGCCCAUGAUGAUUACGAUGAGUCAGACGAUAGCUUCGAAAGGAAUAGGGAGGAGUUCAGCGAUAUGUAUUACGAACUCAAAUCGUUUCUGCUGGACAAAUUGAAGGAGAGGGAUACAACUUCGGAGGGCUAUAGGUUGAUGGAAGGUACCCAUGAUCGUGUGCGACUACCUCAGAUAAAACUGCAAACUUUCGACGGGAAUAUUGAAGAAUGGUUGAGUUUCAGGGACUUAUUUAAGUCACUCAUCCAUUCCAAGACAGAUUUGCCGGAUGUUGAGAAGCUUCAUUACUUGAAGGGUUGUCUGCAAGGCGAACCAAGGUGUCUGAUUGAACCAUUGCAGAUAACAGCAGCCAACUACAAUAUUGCGUGGGACGCUCUGUUAAAACGAUACGACAACAGUAAGCAGCUGAAAAGAAGGCAGAUACAGGCUUUGUUCAGGUUACCGACGUUGUCAACAGAAUCUUCUGAGCAAUUACACGCAUUGCUGGAAGGGCUAGAAAGGACGAUUACGAUACUGGAUCAAUCAAUAAACCCGGCAGAUUUCAGGGAUCUUCUGUUGAUCCAUAUUAUAAGCUCAUGCCUUGAUCCAGUGACCCAUAGAGGAUGGGAGGAAUUUUCGGCAGAUAUGGAGCAGGACAGACUUCAAGAUUUGAUCGGGUUCCUACAACGUCGCGUUCAAGUGCUGGAUUCUUUGCCAGCAAGACCGAAUGAUGAAAAGGUUCAUCAGCAACAACAACAAAAAUGGCAGAACCCACAGAGAACUAGUUGUGAUACGUGCCUCGCCGUUGAAACAAAUAAAUUUGAACCUAACCCACGGCUUACCGCUCAUUUACUUUUCCGAAGCUGCCUCCGGGCCUCGGUAUCGCCACCGGAGGCAUUUAUUUUCCACGUUCCACGAAACCAUCAUUGCCAAGUGGAAACGAAAUCGCAAAGUCAUCUAUCUACCCUCCCCUGGUCGGACCCGUCUGCCACCGAACCACCGGUCGAACGCAAUAAAAAAUGUUCGGAAAAACACAAAAUGAAAGGCAACCAAGACAGCGAAGCAGCGGCGCAAAAUCUAUUGGUUGUGGGCGUAAGGCACGGUUUGAAAUUCAUUCGCAAAGAUAGCGAUCCAUCGCUUCGGCUCCAUCGCCACCCCGUGUGGGAACAACGGUACAAAAUUACCGGGAAAUACCAUCCCCCGGAGGCGCUUCCAUUGGCUACAAGUGACCACUGGCAAAGCGUUGGCAAGAGCGGCCCCUCCCGUUACCCGGAAAGUGGACAGUAA